GGGAAGGGCUGAGAACAUAUUUAUCUCUCUGUCUCUCCACAAUCCUCUCAAAUCAUACCCUGCAUCUCACAACCACACUGCCCGCUUUCUCUCUCUCUCUCCCCUGUCUGCUAUUGUGUUGUCAUCAUGUUUUUCUUCCUCUGAACCUAAUCUUUUAUCACAACGGGAAUUGGCAUGCCAGCCCUUUAUAAACCCUCUCUUCCCACUCCUCUGGCAGUCCUAGCAAGGUCCAGUGUUUUCCUGUUUUCCUCAGGCCUGCCUGAGCUUCAGGGUUGGUGAGAGGAGAGGACGGUUCCUUCUCCCGGGGGCAAAGGCAGAUCUCAAGGUCUGAGUGUCCGGGUGGAUGGGGAGAGAGAGGCUUGGAUGAGAAGACUGUAAGGCUAACCUGUCUAAUAUGGAACACAACUUUGUACAAGCUUUGUAAGACAAGGAGGCUCCCUGGGUGCCUGGGCUGGAUGAGGGCUGCUGCUGAGUUUCUUAAUUACAAAGCCCAAAUUUUCUGAUACGCCUAAAAUCAUGACUCCUUCUAAGGCAGAGCAAGGGUCUACUUGGAGGGGAUCUUGCCUAGUUCAUGCACUAAUAUGUAAUAUCUUUUGAUAUGGAAAAGCCUUGACUUUCUAGAACCGAUAAACACUUUCUUCUCCUGAUUCCCUCACCUGUCCCAAACAUGCUAUUCAAAACCUGCCUCCUAAGCCAUGAACUGUGCAAGCAACUCCUGUCAGUUGCAUCCAGGGACCCUCUUACUCAGCAAGCACCUAGUUAUUUCAGCCCUAGGGUUUACCAAAAAAAGCUCUUCAAAGCACAAGCUGUGCGCAGCCGAGGCAGCACUCUCUACCUGAGUCAGCAGGCAGCCUGAGACAAGGCGCGCGGACCGCUGUGUGCUCACUCAGGCGUUCUCAGAAGACAUGAUUCCUGCAAACAGCCUCUGUGCUGCCCUGUGAACAGCAUCACUGCUGGGCAAAGCACCCAAGGCAGGGGAACAGUGAGGUGCUGAGGGAAAAGUGCAGGCUCCGGAGUGAAAGGGAUAUGAGUUCCUGAACCUAGAAGACUGGCGCUGCAUCCUAGGAUGGUGGAUGCUUCCUAUGAGAUGACUUCUCGACAUCUUCCUAAGUCCCAUUGUUGAGCUGUGUUGUGGGGGUGUCUUCUCUCUAUCAGUGUGUCACCAGUACUGAUGAAGCCCUCAUUGCUGCUCCUGUCUCACCUCUGCCUGUUCAGCCUCAUACCUCCCUCGUGGGCAUCAGACUCAGCACAAGGUGCCUCCAGCCUCACUUGUUGGUAUGACUCACGGGCGGCUCUCUUCUGCGACUGGGACCCAGGCAGGGACCUGACUGAAGCACCAUGCCAGCUGGAGAUUUUAUCAAAGAAAGGCUUUUGUGACAGCUUCCUGGAGUUAAAUCCCUCACCUGAAAAAUCCAAGAAGUACUGCGAAUUAUUCAAGACAGAGCAUAUGACAGGACUGAGGAGAUGCAUCAAAACCUUCAACCAAAAUGCUAAUAAUCAGUGCUUCACCGUUUCAGACCGUCUUCAUUUGUCUGUCCAUUGCCACACUGCAGAGAAUAAAACCAAAAUACCUGCCCAAAUAAAAAACUUCAAUCCAUUUGCAAAUAUAAAGCUGAGGCCUCCAGAAAACCUUCAGCUGGUUAACAUAACUGAAAACACUUCCAACCUAACAUGGAGCCUGACUAUUUCCUCUCACUAUUUGCAUGGCAUGCGGGAGUACCAAGUGCGGUACCGACACGUGGCUCAGUCCUGGGAGGAGGCUGCAAACUUGCCCAUUGAACAGGACCAGAUGUGGACAAAAUUUGAGAGACUCUCACCCAACUCGAAAUAUGAGGCAGCUGUCCGUGCAAGGCCAAGUGCCAGAAGCACCUACAAAGGCGUGUGGAGUGACUGGAGCAAGCCAGUCCUGUGGAGGACACACGCUGACCAUAAGGGAACAUCCCAGCCAGUCCUGCCAGUUCUGAUAGUGAGCACUUUUGUCUUCGUGAUCAUUGGGACUGCCUUCCUCAUUAACUUACGGACCCUGAAAUGGUUUAAGAAGAUCCUGAAGAUUCACAUCCCAGACCCUGAGAAGUUUUUUCCCCCACUUGUUUCGGUUCACGGAGGUGACAUUCAGAAAUGGCUCUCCUCCCCAUUCUCCACAUCUUCCUACUGUGUGAACAGCACAAUCCCAGAGAUCUCCAUGCUCGAGGUGAUGCAGAAGAAUGACCAGGAAUCCCAGUUUCAACUUUCCAAGGGAGCCCUGACUCCUGAUCCUCCCACGGAAACCAGUGGGCACUCUGGAUCCAGCUGCUUCACCAACCAAGGCUACUUCUUCUUCCACCUUUCCAACUCCUUUGAGAUCGAGCCCUGCCAGGUCUACUUCACCUACGAGCCUUUCACCCAGGAGGGCAGUGGCAGCAAGGAUGGUGAGUGUUACCAGGCUCUCCCCUCCCCAGACCUCUGCACACUGGAAGAGGACAUGAAUGUGUUGCCCAGCAACUUCUUCCACUGCAUCAAGGCAACCCCAGGCUUCCAAAAGAGCUCCUUGGUGGAAGAGACAGCAGGUGAAGCCCAGCAGGCCAUGGCUGUUCCGGGGGCUCUCCAGUCGAGUGAAAGCACCUCAACAACACCUGUUCUGGAACAGGAUGAGAAGGUGAUGGACAAAGCAGUUUCACAACCUGCUGAGUCCGUGUGCCAGCUGGACACUGACUUUCCUGACCAGCUGGACUUGCAGGACAGCGAUGCUGUCAGUGUAACGGAGGGGAGUGGGAAGGGGGGCCCUCCAGCUGACCCCUGCACACCAGCACCUAGUGCUGCCUCUUCCUUCUCCCAGCCUCCACCUCUAAUGCAAAGACAGGAUGAGGAUCCAUGCAAAGCAGCCUUCUCCAGCCAGGUCCCAAACACUGGUGCCUACCUUUCUCUGAGGGACCUCCAAGGCCAGUACAGCCAUUGCUCUGUCUAGGAUCUGCCUGGAGGAGACCCACAGAUGGGAAAGGCCACCUCAGCAGGGAAGGCUGGAUGGACAGUUUCUCUCCUCAGGACGUGAAUGUAACUUCAGCAUCAAUCCCAUUGGGACUGCUCACAAACGAGGCUGGAGAACACAGGCCAACAAGGACUUACCUUCAUAACCAAAUCUGUUUUUCUGUUAAUACUGGCACAGAAACUCCUCACACUUCUCAAGUGGCAUUCCAAACCUCGCCAGCUCAUUUUUCCCUUCCCAGCUCCCAGCAGGAGACUGUGCCAGCACUUCCAUGCUUUGCAUUUUGGUGUAAAACAGCACUCAGCUUUGAGUGAUGUGAUGUUUGAGGGAUGUGAUCUGUUUGCCUCAUACAGGCCUAAAACCCCCUAAUGGGAUGGAGAAAUGCCUGAAGAUGUGGAGAUGAGAUUUUGUACAGGGGACAAUAGCACUGCCAGACAGUGCUGGGGUUGAUGAGGAAAUGGAUGAAGACAUCUCCUCCUGGUUGACCAAGGGUGUUUUUUUUCUAUGAUGUCCCCACUUUAGGUUUUAAUCAGAGAUUACAUUCUAAACUAUUCAGUCCAGAUUUAGACUUCAGAGUCUAGACCUUUGAGUCUCUAAGGUCGGCUCAGAGCCAGAGUUGCAUCAGCUGUCUAAGCAGUGCAGUGUAAAAAACGAAAUCCCCAUUAUUGGGUUAAAAAUACUGGGGAAAUCCCCUCCCUCUCUUUCCUCCAGCUCUGAUGGUGGCAGUAAAAAGAACUCACACAGUUUCCCAUUCUUGCUACAAUAUUUUUCAUGAAAUCGAAAGCCUUUCUGCCCUGCUGGCAAACUACAGUUAUUUGACUAUGAUAAGCGGAUUGCAGAAUAGUUCAUCCCACAUCCUGUAUAAGUGGAAAACAUCACAGCAGUGCUGCCCAUUCCUUCCACUGCUCAAGGGAAACAAUUGCCUAAUUAGCAGCAAAGAUGUGGUGAAUGAGCCCAGAAAACUAACCCACAAAUCAGCACCUUUACUGAAAAGAAAACCUCAAUCCUCUUGCAAAGAAUGGGGAUAGCACAGACUUCAUUUUUAUUCUUCCUCUACAUGCCCUGAUCUGGAUAAAGAAAAAGCCACAGAAGAAAAGUUGUAAGGCAAAGGAAGAUCCCUGCAUUCACCAUUUGUACCAUCUGUCCAUUUUCUUGCCAUAUUUCUGGACUUUUCAGCAGUGGGAAAAUACCAGCCUUGUGCUAAGAUUUCUUCAUAUCUUGUAAAAACUCUUCUAAGAGAAUUUAUACCAAAAAGCUCAAGGAUAUUGAACUUGUUAAUGCUUCUGUCACGACUGUGUCAACUAGAACUAAUUCUUUCCUGUCUCUGUCUGUCCAAGCAUUGAGAUUCCUGCUCCUACACUGUUACCUGACCUUGCAGUAUGCAUCCUGAAUGUCAUGAUGAGUCCCAGGUGCAGGGUCACCCACUGGCUUGGAUUUCACCACAAAAGAGCUGCUCAAAGGGGUUGAGCCUACCU